AUGGACUUGAUCACAGGCUUCCUUGACGCGAACGUCAUGAAAGAAAUGACGCUCUCCACCUUCUUGGUUGCCCUUUAUUGCUCUCUCGGUGCUAUUGGAUUUGGUAUCGAUUACGGCUAUUGGUCGGGAAUGCUGGCGAUGCCUCAGUUCAUUAAUGACUUCGGCGUUUACAACCCCAAGACCAACAGCUUUGACCUCCCGUCAACCUGGAAAUCUGCAGGCAGCGGGCCUCCAAUUGCAGGCCUUGCAGUGGGCGCCGUUAUUGCUGGAAUGGUCGGCAAUCAUCUCGGUCGCCUAAAAACUUUCCGCCUUUCCUCUGUGAUCUCUAUCGCGGGGAUCCUCAUCCAGUGCACAUCUAUGGGUUCUUACUGGCAGAUUAUGGUUGGGCGCAUCAUAAACUCAUUAGCACUGGGCAUCCUUGCGAACACGGUACCUGCAUACCUAGCUGAGGUCUCACCCCUCUCCAUCCGCGGAACACUAGUCAAUUGUUACCAGUUUUCGAUUUCGAUCGGAGCAAUUCUGGUGAACACGGCGAACUGGGGCAUGUAUCAACGGACAGACCAGUGGGCAUACCGGUUGGUACUCAUUCUUCAACUGACUGUACCCAUCAUCUUCGUGAUCGGAUCCUUCUUCGUUCCCGAAAGUCCUCGUUGGUUAAUUGGAAAAGAUCGUCAUGCGGAUGCUGGCAAUUCUUUGAGAACUCUUCGCACAGACACGUCGCCAGAGGUCGUCGACCAGGAGAUCCAGCUGAUCAUGGCGGCGGAAAAAGAGAACAAGAGUCAAUUUGACCGAUCUUGGGUUGAAUGCUUUAGAGGAUCCAACCUCCGUCGCACCUUGAUAGCCACCGGAGUUCAGUGUCUGCAGCAAGCGCAGGGAAAUUCUUUCAUGGCCACCUACUCGGUGGUUUACCUCAAAUUACUCGGCGUCCAGGACAUUUACAAGAUUCAGAUUUUGAUGUCGCUCACCAUGGCCCUUGCCUCCGGCUUCGCGUUCUACGUACCUGAUCGUUUUGGUCGACGUUGGCUGCUAAUCGUCACCGCGGUGGCCUUGUGGGUUAGCAUGUACAUAAUUUCAGCAAUCCAGGCUUCUGGCUACUCGAGUCACGCGAGCGGCCAGAAGACCGCUGCUGCGUUUAUAUUCAUAUGGCAGGCGGCAAUGUCUAUCGGCUGGAGCAGCUGUGUGUGGAUCGUAACAGCCGAGGUGCCGACCCUGCAGCUCAGGGAGAAGACGAUCACGAUAGCCACCUUUGUCGGGUUUUGUGUCUCCAUCCUUGUUACUUUCAUCACCCCUUUCAUUCAGGAUCCUGGUUACGGAAAUCUUGGAGCGCGAAUUGGCUUCCUCUACGGUGGGUUUUCCUUUGCCGCUGCUAUAUGGGCCUUCUUGUUUUUCCCGGAGACCGGCUUUCGUAGUCUGGAGGAGCUCGAUGAGUUGUUCCACGAAAAGGUAUCUGUGUGGCGCUUCCGCACGUACCAGACAAGUGGUUAUGGUGCUCAAUUGGCUGAAGUUGAGGAUCCAACUCAUCGCCGCGACGCAGUCUCAGACAAAACAACUGCUGGGCACGAAGAAAACUUGGCCUAA